AUGUCAGAAACAAUAACAACGCAGGCAUCGACCUCUACCUCUACCGAAGUCUCGGACAUGCUCCUCUCCGAUCUUCAGAACACCAUCAUGGAGAAGAAAUUCGCUCAGAUCCGUGCACAGCGUCAAGACGCCCAAAACGUCCUACACGAGGCCAAACAACGCACUCGCAACCAACAGACCGAUCAACAGAUCCUUCUCCUCAUGCAAGCCGACGAGCGACUUGCGUCUCUCCUCCCACAAGCUGCCGACUCCAUGCGAGCGCUCCUGCGCGUAACUCCAUCCGCCCUUGACGCCGUCCAACUCACUGCCGCAGAACCAGAAACAGACGCUGAACCAGCCAAAGGAGCAAAAGCAUUCGAACAACGAGCCCAGCAAUGGUUUAGCAUCCUCAAUGAAGUUCAAUACUCGCUUCGAUCUGCUGUGCGCUACUUGAGAGAUGCGCAGCUCUCUCCGUUAACAGCACCGGCAACAGCCAGCGCGAGGACAACGGGCAAAGCAGGUUCCACGGCACGCGGUCACAAUCUUUCCCUUCUCGAUGCCUUCGUUGAUCUUUCCGGCCUAGAUGGGACUACUUUCAAGCUUCCUCCCGCCAACCCUAGCUCUUCUUCCUCUCGUUCUUCGACAAUGGGUAGUAACGCACCGUUGGAAGGCUUGCCAGAAUCUAACCUCAGCUUGCAAGCUUUGAGGGAAAGGGAGCGGAAUUGGAAGGCUCUGUCAGGCAGCUUGCAGCAGAUAAAACAAUCUACCAAGGAAAACCCUGGUAGUCCUAAUGCCAGUAAAGUACUCGCAACGCCGUUCGAGGUUCCGUUGUUGGAAAGUAUUAGGAAUGCAGGCUGUAGCUCAGAUCGUAUUCUGCUUGAUGCGCUUGUUAAUACUGGUAAUAUGGCUCAGUAA